AUGGUAACGAAAUCACAAAGGUAUGCAAAUCACGUGAUUUCUAAGAAACAAAACAAACAAAAAAAAUGAAGGGUUGUUGUGUUAAGAAUAUCGCGACAUUUUUGUGGAUGUUUUGAGAAGCAUUCAAUGGGAAAACACAAGGAAAACUUAAGGACAGUCUACAACUUAUUUGACCACUGAAAUAUGACACUUUCUACAGACUCUCGUCAUCGUAAAACUCUUCUUGCCGCUGGAUCGGUCUUCCAUCUGUUUUGAAGAUAGCAGCCUGUUGCUCACGCUCCAUUCCAGCAGCCACGAAAUGCUGCUGUGUUAAAGCGUAGUCGGCCAAGAACUUCAGACACUGCUAUUUGGACGUCACUAAUAGUUGCUGGGCCAUAUUUCUUGGCUCUUCUGCCAGGAGUUUGCCAUUUAGUCUCACUUUGUGUUGCACAACAGCUUGAAACAACUCUGUGGAUUUGCCUCGUGGUCCUUCAUUGGUAGCAUAUAAUAUAUGUAUCACAGCUUGAAUCUUUGACUCUCAUAACUGCUAAUGUAUGAAAGGAUUAUACUGCUGCACGUCAAUGACUCGAUCCAAGUUUAAUCUUUGCUGCAAGAUUUAUUUGGACACAACAUUCUAACAUGACAACACUUCUUUUUCAUCGAAAAACACGUAGUGAUUUGUUUUUCUUAAAAAUUACCUGAUUUUGUGUACCUUGAUGAUUUUGUUACCAAGUUUUGAUACGCCGUAACGCAAUUAUUCCUUGUUUGAUCAACAUGAAAAUGUUAUUCCACGUGUGGAAUAUUGUGUAAUGGGUCCUUAUAACUUAUUUUAUUUUUGUAUAAUAAAACGUCAAUCCAGAAAAGUUUUGUCCAGUUUACUAUGUGUCUUUUAAGGUAUUGCCUCCUUGGUUGUCAGUGACAUAUGCCUGUACUCACUGCAUGCUGGUAAUAAUUAACAAAGAAAGGCCUUUACAUGCAAGCUAAAACUGAGAGCAUUAGACACUCUUUUAAGAUGAAUAAAAAGAUUUUUCCUCUCUUUAUCGCAGAAAACAUACAAUUAUCUUUUGCAUAAAAGUAUAGUGCGACAGCAUUUUUGAUGAAAAUAUUCUCUUCAGGGGGGUCUCAACCAAGUUCCCUUGCCCCGUGUUUGUUUGGUGAAGUUAAGCUCUGUCAGGCGGGGUUAUUAGUAGUGGGAUGGGUGAGACCUUUUGGGAUAUAACAUGUAAUAUACUUUGACUUUAAGUUUAUUUUUCAAAAGAAAGCAGUUUAUUGUUUAACAUGCUGAUACAGCAUGUUGUUUUUAUGUAAAUACUAAAAGUUUUAGAGUCAGAAGAAAUCGCAAACGACUUAUUCUUUGAUCAUAUUAGUGCGUUUAUUGUAAAUAGCUAGGGGAAGGGUUGAACUAGAGCUGACAGAUAGUGCUGCUUUUUAUAUCAUCUGGCUUGUUUAUAGCCUGCAGUGCAGACAGCCCACGUAAUGUGUACAGUAUAGAUAUAGUUGGUUUAAGGUGACUCGACCCAGUUUUUUUGGGGGGGUACCAUCCUACUUUGAAGCUCUCUGGUAUCCCCACCUUUACUUUUAUGGUAAGUCUAACACAUAGAAUGGAUAACAUAUAGAUUAAUCUACAAUAUAUAACAUAAAUUUUUGGCGAUCGGAGUAAAUGUCACGUGGUUAUAAUGCCACGCCCCUUUGAGGUCUGAGUCGAAAAUCGGCUGUUGUUGUUGUUGUCAACAAAUAGCGAAAACUAUAAUUUCUAUAUGUUUGCUUUGCUCGAAAUCGCGCGCAUUUACAAGGCCCUAAAGCGUUUUGCUGACUUGCAAGGACCCAUCUGUUAUAACGAUGCCCAAAAUAUAGAGAUGAAUCUCACAGUUUAUCAUAUAUAAUCCGUGUAAAGUUUGCUUAUCAUUUUCGCAUAAAUUAUGACCUAAAUUUGGAAACCGCUGAAUUUCUCGAAUUGGGUCUUUGCGAUUUUGGUGAAACUCUGUUCAGCGCAAGGCACUAAUGCGCACUAUGUGUAGCCGAGAGAUUUUCACAAAAAAAUGCCGGCAACAGCCGAUUUUCGACUCAGACCUCAAAGGGGCGUGGCAUUAUAACCACGUGACAUUUACUCCGAUCGCCAAAAAUUUUAUGUUAUAUUGUAGAUUGAUCUAUAUGUUAUCCAUUCUAUGUGUUAGACUUACGAUAAAAGUAAAGGUGGGGAUACCAGAGAGCUUCAAAGUAGGAUGGUGCCCCCCCACAAAAACUGGGUCGAGUCACCUUAAAGAAGGUUUAAAGUGUCUACGGCGCAGGCUAGCCUGUUUAUAGCACAGUAUUGUUGUAAAGUGCAAUGAACUCAACCAGAGCACUGCACCCAAUAACAAUCAGCCAAUCACAAGUCAUGUUCACAAGGACAGUUAGUUGCAUGUCAAAAACAACAUAUCUCUUUAAAUCUCAAAGUGCCACCGCCCAAGUGUGUUCACUGCAGUGAUAUUAAUUCAACUUAAGAAAAUUUUGUAGGUUUUAAUAAAUUGUAUAUUACACUUGAAAAAAGAAUCAAAAUUUUGUUGAGCCAUUAGCCACGCAGUAUAUAUAUCUGCUAACAACCUAAUCCAUGUUGGUUUAAUUAAGCAAACAGUGUAAUUGAUCAUCCUCUUUUGGGACACCUUCAUUCAGGAGACACAAAAUUUGGUCCCGGAAAAUGCGCACAUAAUCUUUGUAUUUAUUACCUCAAAUAAAGAGACGAGUGACCUCUAUUCAGAGGAAAAGGACAUUUUUUCUGGGUCCGGAAAAAGUGGAAGCUUUCACAAACUGAACUAUCUCACGUAAAUCAAUGAAAUGCAUGUGUGAAUUCAACAUAUAAUUAUAGCAAUAACAUCUGUUCAACAAUUUUAUUCAGUAUUAUCAUUUUUGUACAGGCGUUAACAAUUUAAAAAAAUUAAAUUAAAUUAAAUGAAAAAAGGAAAUAAAAAUAAAAUAAAGAAACUAGAAGGGAGUUUAAUAUACCACAACGGUGAUAGCCACAAAAACGUCGCUUAAAAAGUGAAUUUCCAUUCUUUCAGUCUCUAUCGCGAUUACUCCAACUAAUUCACUUUGUCAAAUGUAAAAUCACUAAGAAUCAUAUUCAAGUCCAGGAAAAGGGGCGUAGCUAGGAUUUUCAAGUGGGGGGGGGGUUUGUGUCUAACCCAGGGUACUUACCAGAUUGGCAUGUCCAGGCUAUGUUUUACUAAACAUGACAUUUGGAUGAGCAGUGAGCGUAGAUGGAUCGACAAGCCUACAAAAUAGCUGCAUAGAUUAAUUAAGUUCCACAUAGCAUAAAUUACUCUAUUUUAGUUAUGAACAAGAACGUGGUCCACUGUAGAUGUUCGGUCCUUCAGAUGGACUUAGUAACAAUCUAGCACUGCCCUGGAAAAGAUUUAUUGCAUGUUGAUUCUUCACAUUCGCGCGUUUUGGUCACCUGAAUUAUAGGAACACAAAACAGUUAUCUCGCAAAAGGGGGGGGGGGGGGCAUGGGUACCCCAGCACCACCCCCUAGCUACGCCUUUGUCGUGGUCAUGCAGUGAUGGCAAAAAAAAUGUCCAAGAAAGCGUGAUGCAGGUGCAGAGUUGUGGCUUUGCCUAUUCAUUUCAACCUAUACAGCGUUUUCACAUGACCUCACGGUGGCCAUAUUGGUGUUCCAAAACAAAGAAACGGCGGCCAUGUUCAGUGAUGUUGGUGUUCCAAACCAAUCAGGUGGGAGUUGAACUCUUUUCUUACGUAAAAAAUUUCUUUUGUUCCCAUAAAUUUGCAUACAUUUGUAGAUGCUGGCCACGUGAGUGAAAACUCUCUGUUGCCUUUUUGCCGUUCUCUUUGUCGUCGCCGUUGUGGCAUCUUAAAGUCCCUAAUGAUGAUUUUUUAUGCUGUCUUUGUUGGUUAAUUAUUAACAAACCCCAGCCCAACCUCUGAUCAGGGGGAACCUCUAUUCAAGGGACACUUGCUUUGGUCCUGAGGGUGUCCCCUGAAUAGAGGUUUCAUUGUAUUUGUUUUAUCUAUUGCUUCAAGUUUGAUUUUUUUUUUUCACAGCUCACUUAAUAACUUUCUGCGCUUUGCACUGUGAGCCUGUCGACUUUCUUGAUUGGUAUUAUCAUAAUAAUCUUUGAUACCUAAGACUGACUUUAUAAGCUCCAUUUCUUGUACACUGUACAAGUUAAAAUUCACACCAAAUAGUAUUGCGUGAAACCCGAAAUGGUAAGAGCGACAAUCCCUAUUUUUAAGUGAAAUUUACUUGACAUUAUAAAUUCAUUCUUCAGGUAUUAUUAAGUCAGUCCGAUAAUGAAUUUUUUAUGUGUCUUGCAUAAUAAUAUUUAUCAUCUUUAUUUAGCCUUUUAACACUUAUUAUCCUGGCCCCUUUUUUCAAAUUGUAAUCUUUCAUCUACUGUUGGGGAGAGAAGAUGUUGCCUGACUUGCUCAUGGUAUACCCAAAUUAGGUCUGGGGACGGGCCAGGGACCGCAUGGUCCAGUGUAUCCGCACAUCAUAAGGAUUGGUUGCAAAAACAAGGAACAAACAAAGUAACCGUGGAACCUUAGCCCAAAACAAAAGACAUAUGGGGAUCCAAAUAUAUAUUAGAGGUUCUGAAGAGCUGCAAGGCUACUGUUAUGACAAAUGAUUUUGAGCUGAACAUUUUGAACAAAUUUUCCUAUAACUGAUGGCGCACCUGUUUAUAGUGGUACUACUGGGAUCUCGGUUAAAUGGAGUGUGAAUAUAGUUGUAUUCAGCUGUAAUUUUACGAUACAGUAAACACUCACUAAUAAGUAUGGUAGAAUAGGUUCUUGUAUUUUGGGGUACUUAUUAGCAAUUUAGGCUAUGUAGGUUCUUAAUUAGGUUCUUAAUUGUUAUGAAGGAGAUGAUAGGUUAUGUUGAUUACCAGAAAAAUAAUUCAAACUUUUAUUUAUUCACAAUUGUGUUAUUAUAACCCUAACAAAAAUAGUUACCGAAUUUAUAAACAGUUUAUAGUACAGUAUGUUUUCGUUGUUCGGCUAGAUAUUGCUUGGCUAAACAGGUUCUUGUAUUUUUGGGAAUUAAAGUGGCAAAUAUUAUUGCCAGGAGAUUCUUAAUCCACAGGUUCUCAUUAGCGGGUGUUUACUGUAACUGCCCCUAUAUAGUCAAACCUGUUUUAGCGAAUGUCAAAAAGCGGUCGCCAAAGUCCUGGAAAUAGCUUCCCUUGAUUAUUGAAAGAACUGUUUGAGCAGCCGUGGUCACGUUUUUUGGAGGUCCCAAAGAGUAUUAUAGUACAACCCCCGUUAAUACGGUCACCAAUGGGUCAAAAAAAUUUAGUCGUAAUAGCAGGUUACCGCAUUAACGCUUCUUUUUUAUAAGAAUUUAAAAUGUAUGGCUGUUCUGCCAGGUCGGGCCGGAAAAAGGUGGCCGUAAUAAGUCGAGGUGGCCGUAAGGCGGUGUUCCACUGUAUUAAACUGCCCCUUUUGGCAAGAUGUGCCAUACUCUUGAGUGCAAAGGGAUAGACUGUGUAGGCGUUUUGUGGUCUUUUAGAGACUUGCCAAUAAUAAUUAUGAUGAUGAACUUUGUUAAAGUCUCAUGUGUUAUAGCUCAGGCACAGUGCCUUACUAAUUGGGGAGACUGUAUCAUAUUUAUAAACUCUACUAAUAUAUUGUAAAUUAUAAUUAUAAUUUAAACUCUAAAUUCUAGUUCUAAUAAAUUUAAUAACUGCCUAAUAAUAUCUCUGAAUCGUAAAUUGAGUAACUCUAAAAAAGAGUAAAAUGGUGAGGCGAACUAAUACCAGCCCCAAAAGGCGAAAAAAUGGGAUAUUCUGAACCUAGAGCUGGCAAAAGGGGUGAGAAAUGGGUAGAAGAGUAGUGAGAUUCCCCAUAAUUCCUAGUGGAAGGCCUUUCAGUGGAGAUUAUGGGUAUUGGAAGUCACUAUAUCACUUAAAAGCUGAAGCAGUAAACUUCGCGAUCAAUAUCACUAUUUAGGUUUUGUAAUUUCUUUGUUUUGUUGGCGCCAUCUUGAAACAAGAGUAACAGUAGGUCUGCAUGCACAUUGGUGGCAGCGGUAAGUUGCGCAGUAGGCUAAAAGAAUAGUCGCGUUUGAUUACAUUCUAUUUCCGCUUUGUUUGGGUUGAGCUGGCCAUCUAUUGAUAUCUAACUUGCAAACGAACCCUGGCUCCAAAAUGUUUUGGAUUUGGACUCUUUCAGAAAUUAAGCGUGAGAAAUGAGUUGUCAACUCGUGAGAGCGUGAGACAGGUCCUAAAAGACGUGAGACUCACGACAAAAGUCGUGAGACUUGUCAAGUCUGCUUUUACUCCCUUUCUUUUGACACAAGAGGGCUGCUACCAACAGUUUGAGGUCAAUUUGUCGUGAGAUAGAUAUUUCGCUCUUUCACUAUCUUCAUUUCCUUGAAUAUUAACUCUUAGGUUUGUAAACCUGUCAACCUGUAGUAAGCCGACGUUGAGUAAGUCAUUCCCAAGGAUGAACGCUUUAUACAGGUUUGACUGUAUUACUUUAAUUAUCAUUAUCUUUCCUUACCGUUUCAGUUUCACAUUAUGCCUGAAUCUACAAUGAAGGUCACCAAUAAUACAGUUACAAUUACUGAACUAUUGAGACGGCGUCCUCUUGAAAGGGGACAAACUGUUCAACUAAAAGAUGCUGAUCCAAGUGAGCUUCAGCUUUUUAUUGAAAAGAUGCCCGCCUCUACCAAAGGUAAGACUAAGAGUAUGAAAUGGAAUUCCCAAUCCUUUGUUUGAUUUUGGUUUUGUAACAAAGAGGCACAUGGUUGAACCUCUAGCUGUAAGUCAUAUAGUGUAUAAAUUCAGGAAGAUGAAGCUUGUGACGAGAGUUCAGUACGGUGAGUAUAGUUUGGUGGUUAAACCCGUACAAGCAGUCAGACAAUGAUACAAGCAGCCCAAGCUUAUGGUGUCAGGAGUUAGUUAGGUUUUGGUUUUUGAAUUUUAAGGUAUUUGAUUCAACCCCGUACAGGUAGUCAGUCAAUGAUACAGGCAGUUGGUGUGGGUAGUUAAAUAAACCGUAAGUUUGUUUUUUUGAAUUUAAAGACGUAUACUGUGCAAGGAAAAUAGGGCUGUCAUAUUUAAACUUUCUAAGCGAAAUAUCCAAACGCAAUGAUGAGCCAGUAAUAAAAACAGAGUUUUAAAAACGGUGUUAAGCAAAAUCGCGUUUUAAACGCUUAUAAAUUUGGUCUACUUUCGGCCUUUGGCGUGUCUUUUAUGCCGCAAAAUAUUAUAAUUGAUAGAAUUAGCGCAAAAUGUAAUGACAUUAAGCAUUAACAGCUUUUUGAUCAAAAUGUAGCAAUCAUAUAAACUGAAGUGCAACAAAUUUUUAGCGCAAGACGUAACAACUUCUUUCACGCGAAAUGUUACAAAGCUAAAUGUAACAAAUAAAGCUGUUAAGAAAAAGAAAACAUGUCAAGCGUGUAAGCCUCCUCUUUUAGAAUUAUCACGAGACCCGCCAUUGAAAAAUCUUGGAAUAUUUCUUUACACACUUUCGGAAGGGUAAAUUAUCGAGCAAUUAAAAUUACGAAACGAGGUGGGUCUAGGAAGGACUAUUUUUUACUCUUCUUCCUGUUCUUUCAAUAGGCUUACCGUGAUUAGUCGAUUAAAAGCGGCCUCGAAUAAAAGAUCAAUUAACGGUGCUCUGGAAUAAACGCCGCACACAAUCAGAAGAAUGCGGCGUUUAUUUGAGGAUUACAAAAGAAAACUCGUUACAACUGGUAAUCUACACCAUCCAGACAAUUACAAUUCUGUCUUGAAACUUUAUGAAACAUUGCGGCGUUUUUUUUUAGGUAUGUCAAGCUGGUUCCUACAUGCUUGUGCUUAUAUAAUUAUAGUCAGUUAACGUGACAUUGCAUGGCUUUAGAUUUUGGUCAAAAGACAGUCGGUAUAUUCUCCCGGAUUACUAAGUCUUGACUAAUAUUUAUCCAGGUUUUGAGUGAGAUGUCCUGCUUCACCUCAGGAUAGGAUAUAGAUUCGGUUUUUUUUUGUUCCGUCUGUGUAAAAGAGACAUGAAUGUCUGUUUUUCGAUACUCCUUAUGUGCCUUAACACAAUAAAGAAUGCAACAGAAAAUUAAAGUUUUUCGUAGACACUUUUCCAGUGAAUCUAAUUUUUAUCGGUAUGGAAGUGAAGAAGUUUUUACUGUAACGUCUUUUUAUAGUUCAAGAAUUUAGUUGUUAUAUUUUAAAUUGUAACUUCAAGGUUUAUUUUUUAGAAAAUAUAAAUGCAGAUUUGUAUUGAUUAUAACCGAUCUGCUUCUAACACAUAUACAGACUAUAAAAUGAGAAAGGUACGAGUGAUUCCUAGUUCUCAGUGACUGAUUUAAUUAACUACAGCAACUAAUAAGAAACAUUCGCAGCUACACAAACUACAUCAACUACUCCAACCUACAGCAACUGCACGAACUACACCAAACUACAGCAACUACACCAAACUACACGAACGCCUUACCACCAGUGUCUCUGUGUAUCACUAGACAGUACUCUUUUACCAUUGCUGAUCCAAAGCAGUAUGUUGAACGCAUGUCACACAUAAAUCUAGUAUCUAGUACCAGUUGUUGUUUAUUCUGUGUGUAGAGGUGUGUCCUCUGCCUUAAAUCCUUUAAGGUACAGUUCGUUUUUUUUUCUCUUAUUUAAUUCUCAUAAAAUAUACUCCCUCAGAAAAUAUGGAGGAUCUACGUGGAGCAAGCGUACAAACGCCUACACUUGGUGGAGACUUCCCAGGGCCAUCAAGGGAAAUACACCAGCACGAAGCAACUUUAGAGAGGCAGCUCAGAGAGUUGCGGCAACGUGAAGAAAACUUACAAAGACAGCUGAGAGAAAAAGACCAGGAAGUAAAUGAGCUAGAGUUAAGUCUUUCCUUAGCUCAGCAAACAAUAAGUGAACAGCAACAACAGGAAUCAUGCGAUUGGGUCAUUUCCCGCGAUGAAAUUCAGCUGACCAACAGAUGCCUUGGCAGAGGAGGCUGGGGAAGUGUUUAUGAAGGCGUGUAUUGUGGCUGUACUGUAGCAGUAAAACAAAUUCAUGAUCUGAUUCUCUCCCCUCAUAACAUACGUCUUUUUGAGAGAGAAAUGAAUAUUGCAUCCAAAUGUCGCCAUCCUCACUUGCUUCAGUUUAUCGGCGCCACUAACGAUGAGGGAAACCCUCUGUUUGUGACGGAGCUGAUGGAGAAAAGUCUGCGAGCUCUGUUAGAACAGCGACAACUCGCCGAAGUAGAAAUACGGGUAAUCUCUCUGGAUGUAGCCCGAGCAAUUAACUACCUUCAUCAGAAAAAACCAGAGCCUAUCAUUCAUCGUGACAUCAGCAGUGCAAAUGUGUUGCUAUGGCGACAGGGUGACCAAUGGAGAGGCAAAGUGUCAGAUUAUGGCACUGCUAAUUUUAUACAGCAGACCAUGACAGUGGCUCCUGGAGCUAUGAUUUACAGCGCACCUGAAGCACUUACGUCAAACCAAACAGUCAGGGUAAGUUUUAGUGAAUUUAGAAUUUUUUUUAUUCAGCACUGCUUCAUCAACACCUUCAGAAUUCAAAGAGAAGCGUUGGUGCAGUCAUCUUGAGCGCGUACCUACCUUAAGGCCAGGUUGUUCGUUUACGACACGAAAGAAAUCCUACUCCACUUUACCCGUCUUCAGCUAGGCGUACAAUUAGACGCAGCAAAAUACAUAAUGUUGAAUCGGAUAGCCCUGUGCAGUGUGGAAUUGGAGUAUCUCUGGCUACUUAAGCCCUGGUCAAACGUUGGUAACGAUGAUAGCUUAAACCAUCACCAUUUGAACUCAAAUGUACAUGGCUCCAUUAUUAUGGUCGUUUUCAGGUGUUUAUGCCACAAAAACAAAUUAAGCUGCGGGCGUCUGUUGUGAUCUAAAUGUUUCUCGUUAGUUCUUCAGUUAAUCAUUUUGGCGACUUCGCAGAUAAAACUGAUAGGUUGGUUUUUUAAACGUAAUUCAACUUAUGCCGCGGUUUAGGAAAUCUUUGGACCCCCAGAUCUCUUCCUUAGUGGGUUCUUUUAAGAAGAUAAAUGCUUUUCUUGUCCACCUUAUAUGCGCUAACGAAACUGUUCACGUUAAAUGGUGUCUACAUAAAAGCGUUCAGCAAACUAAAAAUGGAUUAAAACACGUUUUUGUUAACACUGACUAAACUGCGUUUAAAUAACUGGUCUAUAGAGGCGAACCUUUCUUCCACGACUGCCUUUUGAGAGAGUGACGUCCCUGCUUAAAAAGGUCACCUGAUUGUAAUAAUUAUACUCUCACCGGGGCCAUCCGCAAUCCGCAAUGUCAGUAAUGCUAAUAAGAUGUGAGAGGCCCAGCGCGAGGCAGUAGGAGCGGGUUGCUCCUUUUUCGAAAGCUAUAAUCACUGACAAAAAUUCUUGCUCAUUUGUCUUUAAGGAGCGCUUUUAUGAACAAUUUCUUGCUGUAAAUCAUACAACUUUAAAUUCCAGCUCCUUCUGGGUAUUACCGCCGACAAUGGUAAUGCAACAUUUUGGGGCGGGUAGUAAACAAGAUCAACUGCGGUGAAAAGAGUGAAUCGGAAAGAGAAACUAACCUUAUAUAAGAAACCCAAAAUGCACAGAAACGUAUUACAGGUAGAUUUCCACUGUCGCUUAAUACGCGCGUAUAUAAAAUAGAGGCAAUAUAUAGAAGGUCACGCGUAAAAGAAAAGGGUGAACCUCGCUCAACGUGCGUAAAAAUUUGCUAGCGUACGCACGUGAAAAUUACGCGAUAGAAGAAAUCAAUCCUUAUAGAAUAGGUACGGGCUAUAGGCGGCGUGCUGGAGUAACAACAUCUUUUUAAAAGACUCUCAUUAUUAAAGCUUAUUAAGGGUGGAUUUCCAUUGACGCGUAAUUUUUACGUGCGUACGUGCGUAAAAUUUACGUUCGCAAGUGAAAUAGGGGCAAUGUUUGAAACGUCGCACGUAAACGUAAAGUUUGAACCUCGCUCAACUUUACGUUUUUUUGAAAAAAAGCUCAACACUUUAUAUCUUGCCUCUAUUUUAUUUACGAGAUAAAAAUUUACGUUACAGUGGAAAUUUACCCUAAGUGACAUUAAAACCAGAAUGUAAUACUGAACCAAAAUGCUCCCAACAACGUUCGAUGCUUAAUGACCUUUAUAGAGAGGUUAUUUUGGCCUUCGGGACAGACUUUCGAGGUUUUUGUCCAGAGGUUCAAUAAAAGUAAACAUAUUAACUGUCCGCUAGGACCAAGAAGAUAUUUAUCAGUAGAGUUUCGACUGUAGAAGCAGAUAGGCCAGUAAAUAAAUAAUAACCACACUGUUCUUGUCUACUUCAGUUUUUUAGAAAGGGGGAGCGUGGCGGUGGAGGUGGAUGCUUAUUAACUUUUCUUCCCUACAGGAUAGAAUAGGUGCUCAUUCGAGAUGGGCUAUAUUGUAAUUCGAGGCUGGGCGCUUAAUUGAAUAAAUACGAUAUGUGUUAGACUUUAUAUUCCUUUAUCUCCUGAGUUUGCUAAGGAACAGUCAAAUGGAGACUCGAACUUAACCCCCUCCCCUCCCCCUUAAUCUGCAUAAUUCUUCGGAUCAUACUCAGCUUCAUCUAAUAAAUGUUAAAUAGCUAAAUAGAAAUUAAAAAUGACACUAAGUGCUGGGUAUAACUGGUGGUAGUAUAAUAGGAUGCUCUAAGGCAAAUAACAAGAAAUAAUCUGUCUAUUGUUCAUAGGUUGAUGUUUAUAGCUUUGGUGUGCUUCUUUGUGAAAUGUGUAUCCGGCAACUUCCAGAUCCUAGAAGGCGUGAACAGCAAGUUCUACUGAUGACGAAUCGCGCCCUAAGAGGCCUGGUACGGCGAUGCCUGCAGACAGAUCCUGAAGCGAGACCAACCAUGCAGGAGAUAAUCGAUGAACUGUCCAGAGCUGUGUAA